GUUAAUUGGAGUUGAAGUUCUGCCUUCAACCUCUAAGCCUGAAGCCUGUGUGGCUGUGUUAGUGGGGGGGGAGGGACGUGGAUAAUCCUUUUAGGAGCUGCUUUACCAGGAAUCAUUCCAUCAACACUUCCUCUCUCAGACUGGAUCAGCUCUUCAGUGUUUAACAGGACCCACAUCAGAACAGGAUCCCAGGCUCUCUUGUGCCUUUAGUGGGAUCUGUGCAGGUCCUGUGCCUACAGACAGAGACUUGGACAUCUGUGGUCAAGACACAGGGGUGGGGGGGCCGGCAAGGACUGAAGCUGAAUCAGAAUGGAGGAAGUGAAGAGUCUGUACAAGCGUAUGGUUUCUGUGAAGAUCAGGGCGUAUGUGAGGGACUACUGCAGAAGGAAUGGACUGCUGACACUUUCAGUUUUUGCUGUUGUUACUGGCUGUGUCCUCGGAUUUACACUGCGGACACUCAACCUGUCCACACAGCUCAUCACCUCCAGUUUAAUGUCAGGCCUGUCGGCCAUGGACACCAAGGCGAGCGGCCGGUUGGGGGUCCUGACCAUCACCUACUACCUGUGGACGACCUUCAUCGCCGUCAUCGUAGGCAUCGUGCUGGUGCUGAUCAUUCACCCGGGGGAAGGAACCGAUAAAGAAAGCCACCACGGCGGCACCGGGCCCGUCAUGACCUCUGCUGACGCUCUGCUCGACCUCAUCAGGAACAUGAUCCCAUCAAAUCUAAUUGAAGCUACUUUCCAGCAGUACCGGACAGAUUUGGUGCAAACUGUGCAGAACUCCAACGUGAAAGAGUCUCAGGCCAACUUUGUGUACGUCAUGCCCGACUACCACAACCCUCAGCUGGGCCACCCGGUGUUCUUAGAGAUCACUCCUGCACCCGACAUCAAGUAUAAAAUCGUCCCCAGCACGAGCAAAGGCAUGAACGUGUUGGGAAUCGUCAUCUUCUCGGCCACCAUGGGACUACUGCUGGGGAAGAUGGGAGAACGUGGAUUACCGCUGGUCAACGUGUGUCAGUGCAUCAACGAGUGUGUGAUGAAGAUCAUUAAUGCCGCUAUGUGGUACUUUCCAUUCGGUAUCGUGUUCCUGGUUGCUGGAAAGAUCCUGGACAUGCAGGACCCGGCCCACCUCGGGGAGAAGCUGGGCAUGUACUUCCUCACUGUUCUGUGUGGUCUGCUGGUGCACGGUCUCAUCCUGCUGCCCAUGUUCUACUUCUUCUUCACCCGCAAAAACCCCUUCCCCUUCAUCCGAGGCCUGCUGCAGGCUCUCGUCAUCGCUCUGGCAACUUCAUCCAGCUCAGCCACGCUGCCAAUCACCAUGAAGUGUCUUCUGGAGAACUGCGGGGUGGACCGGCAGAUAGCUCGCUUUGUCCUGCCGGUGGGAGCCACCAUCAACAUGGAUGGGACGGCCCUGUAUGAGGCUGUAGCUGCCAUCUUUAUAGCCCAGGUCAAUGAGUAUGACUUGGACUUCGGCCAGCUGGUCACUAUCAGCAUUACAGCAACAGCAGCAAGCAUCGGAGCAGCUGGGAUCCCUCAGGCAGGUUUGGUAACAAUGGUGAUUGUCCUAACCUCUGUUGGUUUACCGCCGGCUGACAUCUCCCUGAUUGUAGCCAUUGAUUGGGUUCUUGAUCGGUUCCGGACCAUGAUCAAUGUUCUGGGCGAUGCUUUAGCAGCUGGAAUCAUGGCUCACAUCUGUAAAAAGGACUUUGACAAAGCGGCUGCUGCUACUGCCGCCACGUCUGCUGCCAAUAACGGACGGAGAGACACAGUAAUCUCCUUUGGCAAUCAGAGCGUGGCCCUGUCUGAUGCUCCUCUGAUCGCACAGCGCUGCGAUUACGUGUUCGAGGUGGACGGAGACAACGUGCUGGAGAAACCUUUGCCCUGCUACAAUCUCUGCCAAGUGUGAGACCCUGUUGACGGGAGGGACGACGAGGAACGUAUGGGAGCUCAGAACAGUUCAAGCCUUGCUUGAACUCUGGCCACAGUGAGACCAAAUGUCGAGCACAUCGAUGGGUCAGGGCUGGGCGGCCUCAACAGAUUUUACCUGUGCCAUGCCGAAAACAGAAAUAUCCUUUACUUGAUGGUAUAGGGGUACAAUAAUGCGACGUGCUGUCUUCAUUCAGUUUGAACUGGAUAGCAAAAAAGGACGUGCUUCCCAUGUAACUGGAAUUCUACCUAUAGAGGGUAUUGUCUGAGAGUUGAGAAUGAAUAGUAGUGAUGUGUGAAUAACUGAAAUAAGGGCUGAGAUAUCUUGAUGGAACUGAUAGUUUCAUCUUCAAGGUUUUAACUGCCUUAUUAAGAGCUUUAGUAAUGGAAAGACUUGAAAUUUAACAGAAUCUCCUUUGUAAACCAAAAUAACAUUUAAUAGACGAAGUAGAUUUUCAUCAAAGCAACAAGGAAUCACUGAAACAAUACCAAAGCACAGGAUCUUUUGUUUUUUAUACCAAUGCUUUGAAUUCUGUUUUCUAAUAAAAAAAUCCUGUAACACACCACUGGCUGCAAGUUAUUUUACUAAUUUACCAGUGCAUUUCCCAUGAAAACUUCUGAAUUUGUACAAUAUACAGCAGCUGGAUCCAACCUUUUGUUGUAUCACAGACUGGUUUCAUUAAACUCCCAGAGGAGUGAAAAUAGUAGUUUUUUAUUUUUAUUUUUGUAUGGUACACUUAUCUAUAGUAAGAGGUCAAAGGAUGGAAAACAAUGUUAUGGUCCAUGUCUGUUAGCAAAAUAUCUCAUGAACCACUGGACAGACUUUCAUACAACCUGCAAAAAGUACUCAUUGGAAAUAUACAAGUACAUCACCCCAAUACAUACUCAGAGCAUUACUUAACCAGUGGUCCCCAGUGACCUUUAACCCCAUGACGUUAAAUCAACAGGCUCAUCCUUGACCCAUGAUGUGUCCAGUUGUGCAGUUUGUCAUUUGCUGCUGUUGUUACAGAAAACUUCCAGAAAAUAUGCCUUUGUUUCACUUGUAACAAAACUUAAAAAUUUUCUUAUAACCAAACUGCAUAAAAAGAAAAGUAACGGCCAUAUUGUGAAAAUAAACCAAGAAAAUCCACCAUAAGUUUCUGAACACGUUUAAUUUUUUUCCAUCUGAAUUUUUUCCACAUUUUAAUGAAAUGACUCAAUGUUAGAAUUCAUUUAAUGGCCUUGAACUUAGUGUUAAACAAGUUCAAAACAAAAGGAAACAAUAAAAACACUAGAGUAUAAGUAUCAAGUAUGAUGUACACUCAAAUAAAUAAAAGCCACUUUUCAGUAUAUUACAGGUUCCACAUAUGAAUUAAGGCAGACUGCAGUUAAUUUGACUGCCUCCUAAAACUAACUUGAAUAUUUUACAUUUUAACAUGACUGACAAAAAAGAACAAAUUCAAGCAGUAACAGGUCAGUAGAAAAACAAAUUAGGAUGAAAUUUCAAGACGAUCACUUGCUUUGAGCAAGUUUUAAAAUAUUGCACAAAGUUGGGGACUGUGACACAAAACACGAGAACUUUACCUCAAAGACUGAAUCUGAACCUUGUAUUUAAAACACUUGUAUUAAAAAGAAGCACAUGGUUAAAAUGGGCAUUUAACACUGCAUCAGUAUUUCAUUAUGGUGGGAAAAAAAUGCUUAACACCCGAAAUGAUCGGAGUUUGAAACAAAGUGAUGCCGAUGAGAGUAUUCUGCCUUGUAAUACAAAUUACUCAUAAGAUUUUUUUGAUGUUAAACCUGCUCUCAAAACGGCUUAGCAGAGAAACAUUAAGAGCUUACUAAUAAGGGGGGAAAUUAAUUUGGGGACAAUAUUACUGUAUUGGUCAUAUUAAAAUAUGAUCCAUUAUUUGUGUUAAAUGUUGCUAAACGUACCCACACUGAUAUGCUGAUUUAUUGCAUCACCUUCUAAACACCGACAUUGAUAAAGCCAGGUUUUAGACUACAACUAACAAAAACUAUAAAAAUGCACAAAUAGAGCCAAUAUACAGCUUCUAGUCCUGUUUUAUCCAACAGAAAUUCAACCUUCAGUCCCCAUCUUUACAGAAAUAUUCUCAGCCAGAUUCUGUUUGCUUUGGUCCAUUUUACAAUGACAUGUAAGCUGUCUCGAUGUCUGAUCGGUACGCUUUUAGGAGCAGCCUUGUUCUGGAUCACUGAACAAAAUUAACAGAACUUCAAACCUAAUCUUGAUUUUAAAAUUAAAAUUAAAAAAGGAAA